UAUCAUCUCUCACUCACACGCAAACCUGUGCUCUCCCUAUCCCCCCAGAACCUGCGCUGCCCUCUUAAAAUAAGCAGUGGGGGGAAAUAUUCAAAGCGUUCCACCUCCUCUCAACCAGCCAGGCACACACACACACUUCUAGAGCGCACUGUGAAAACUUUCCCCUGCAACUGCUGAAUAGGUUAGUGCCUGCGACAGGACAGCGCCGAGUGAGAAGAGACAGUGAAAGCGGAACGCAUAGCCGGUUACGAGCUGCCUGGGGUUCGGGAAUGGCGGAGAGUCGGAAUGGUCCAUGCCCUCCUUCCGAACCGCACAUGUGAACCGAACCCCGUCUCCUCCGGGUCGAUUUUGUUACGUAUUAGGAGGCAAAGGACAGUAAAGAGCGAGAACGAGACGAGGGGAGGAUUGAAGUAUCUAAGACAGCCUGUCGACACCGCUCUCCUCUCAUCUCGAGAUGGUCUGCGCGCCAGGACUUCGAUGGUUCCUAUUUACCGCUCUCUUGCACGCUGUCGCACCCCUGGACAUCCGCGAGAGACCAAGGCAAUGUGACCCACCGAAGUCGCAAAGUGACAUGAACUCAUUCCUCUGGACACUGAAGCACCCAGCUCCCUACCCUCCAUCCUACCUUUUCGGGACCAUCCAUGUUCCCUACACCCGUGUAUGGGACUUUAUCCCAGACGUCUCCAAACGGGCCUUCCAGACCAGCGCCAACGUAUUCUUCGAGCUGGACCUGACCGACCCCCUGACGAUCUCUAAGCUGACCAGCUGCCAGCUGCUGCCCCACGGGGAGAACCUGCAGACCCUGCUGCCCCGGGACCUGUAUCGCCGCCUCAAACGCCACCUGGACUACGUUAAGCACAUGAUGCCCUACUGGAUGACGGCGGACCAGCGGGGCCGGGGGCUGUACGCUGACUACCUCUUCAACGCCAUCGCAGGGAACUGGGAGAGGAAGAGGCCUGUCUGGGUGAUGCUGAUGGUCAACUCUCUGACGGAGUCAGACGUGAGGUCGCGGGGGACCCCCGUACUGGACCUGUUCCUGGCCCAGGAGGCCGACCGCAUGGGGAAGAGGACAGGAGCGGUGGAGCGGGUGGAGGAGCAGUGUCACCCCCUCAACGGACUCAACUUCUCCCAGGUGCUGUUUGCCCUGAACCAGACCCUGCUGCAGCAUGAGAGUGUGAGAGCAGGCAGUCUGCAGGGCUCCUACACCACCGAGGACCUCAUCACACACUACAACUGUGGAGACCUCAGCUCCAUCAUCUUCAACCACGACACCUCACAGCUCCCUCACUUCAUCAACAGUUCCCUGCCGGCCCAUGAGAAGACCACGGCACUUCAGAUUGACAACUACUUCCGCCAGGAGCUCAUCUACAAACGCAAUGAGCGAAUGGCACGCCGCAUCUCCGCCCUCAUCCAGCGAAACCCCUCCCAGACCUUCUUCUUUGCUUUUGGUGCAGGUCACUUCCUGGGGAACCACAGUGUGUUGGACAUCCUGAGACAGGAGGGCUACGAGGUGGUGCACACACCAUCACACUACCAGGAACCAAUCACAGAUUCUUUGUCCCACAGAGAACCAACAGAGAGCCCCAGCGAUGGGGGCUCCGAUGCGGGUACAGUCUCUCCGUCUGACUGGGUGACCAGUCCCUCAGACCUGGAUGAUGGGCUGGAGGGGCUGGAGGACGAGGAGCUGCCCCACAUGCUGCUGCCAGACAGCCUGAGCCAGCUGGAGGAGUUUGGGAGACACAAGCGCCCCCGGAAGGCCCACCGCGGUCACAGCCGCCCCCGCCUCUUCAGUGACCUGUGGGUCCGCAUCGGGGACGGCACCACACCUCCUCAGCCUAAUGUGAGGAUAACCAAUGACUACGUGACGGUGGAGCCCGCCCUCACCCACCAAGAGCAGCGCAGGAGGACAGACCUCUACCCCCCCAUGGAGGCCCCCAGCAAGGCUUCCCCCUCUGCCCUGCCCACCCCCAGCUCAGCCCAGCCCAACACUGGCACCACCCACGCUCUCACCUACCUGCUAACGUUGCUUAUCACUUACCUGCUGUUCACCUCCUGACCACACAGUGGAGCUCUCUCCACACACACUGACACUGACUGUCUCCAUACCUGAGUGAGCAUUGUUAUGUGCCAUAAUCCUAGAACAUACAAAGAUCUACAUAUAAAGAUUCUGCAAACGGGAACUGGAGGUGGAUAUUAACUGCUAUGGGCAUGGAACAUACAUUACACAGAUCAUUAGAACAUCUGCACAUUCACAGGACAUGGAUAUGAGGGUUUGGGACAACAGACAGACAGACAGACAGACAGACAGACAGACAGACAGACAGACAGACAGACAGACAGACAGACAGACAGACAGACAGACAGACAGACAGACAGACAGACAGACAGACAGACAGACAGACAGACAGACAGACAGACAGACAGAGACCUCUGAGACAAACCGGUCCGUCUUCAGGCUUCUGUGAAGGGAGAUGCAACAGUCUGUGAAAAGUUAUUUAAACUCACACUGUGGAAUAAGCUUUUACCCAUGAUAAAAUGGAUGAACGGUCUAUCAGAGAUCUAAUGGAAGAUACUAUAUGGCAUCUAUAUUAUGAAUUUGUCAGUUGUAGAGGCUGAGUCUUUAAACCUCAAGAAAAAAAUAUGAUAGAAUAAUGAGUAUAGCACAAGGUCUGGAACUCUCAGAAGAGUCUAGAGAGAUGUCUAAAACCACCUUAAAUGAAAUAUUAUUGUGAAUAAUAUUGAUAUUAAUGAUGAUAAUAGACAUACUAAUGACAAUAUUAACAGCUAUAACUGUAAUAAGGUCUUAUAUCUUAUAGACAUAGGACGAGGCACACACAGUGAAAGUUUUUGUAAAUUGUGCAUUUUGUUUAUAAAAAAAAUAUUGUAUAUUUAUUAUUUCUUUAAGAGUAUAUUUUAUUGCAUUUGAUCAUUACUGAAAAAUAAACUUUUGGAAAUUCA